CAAGUAAUGACGAGUCAUCAAGUGGACCAUCUGUCCACCACAUAUCACCACAUACCAAACGAAAUCGAACGCGGCGUGAAGAGCAUGAGCCGGGAGAGUGGUGCCGGAGCCGGCGGCGGAGUCGGUGUUGGCGGUGGCAACAACACGACGUAUACACGAUCGGUGAUACCGCGCGAACUGGCCCAGGACUUCGCGAGGCCGCCACGCCUCGAUGUGCUUCUCGACAUGCCGCCAGCCUCGCGAGAAACACAAGUCCAUCACAGCUGGAACGCUGAUGAUCGUAGUCUAAAUAUUUUUGUCAAGGAGGACGACAAAUUAACGUUUCAUCGACAUCCUGUCGCACAAAGUACAGAUUGCAUACGAGGGAAAGUAGGGUAUACCAAGGGUAUGCACGUAUGGGAACUUUAUUGGAGCACGAGGCAACGAGGUACGCAUGCCGUCGUAGGAGUAGCAACGGCGGAUGCACCUUUACAUAGUGUCGGCUACCAGAGUUUGGUAGGAAACAACGAGCUCAGUUGGGGUUGGGAUCUUGGUAGAAAUAAACUCUAUCAUGACUCAAGAAACAACACUGGCGUGACGUAUCCAGCCCUUCUCAAGUCUGAUGAAACGUUUAUUGUUCCUGAUAAAUUUCUUGUUGUCCUUGAUAUGGAUGAAGGCACGUUAGCGUUCGUAGUGGAUGGUCAGUAUCUUGGAGUAGCGUUCAGAGGGCUUAAAGGAAGGAAAUUGCAUCCUAUUGUGUCCGCCGUGUGGGGACAUUGCGAGAUCACGAUGAAAUAUAUCGGCGGACUUGAUCCCGAACCUCUGCCUCUCAUGGAUCUCUGUCGAAGAGUGAUUCGACAGCGAAUCGGUAAACAUAGACUAGAAGACAAGAUCAAUGAGCUGAAUCUACCGCAGACGAUGAAGACUUAUCUUCUAUACCGGGACAGAAGGUAACCACUGAGUGAAUCUCCUCAAGAUGCCACGAUUAUGACUGCGAACAUCACCGUGUUAGAACGUUGCCACUACGAUUCACAGGCGACCGUCCGCUAUCCUCUCACACACCAAGAACAGCAACCCCUUAGCCGCGCGUCUCCGUUAAUCAAGCGCACGAUGUUAAACAGACUGACACGCGUCAUGCGCCGACGCGUCGAGACACGCCUAGUACUUCGAGAAGGCGCGCUAAGAGAACGAUGCCGAAAUACCGUAUUGAUAACGACUUGUGGCGCCCUUAUUAAGACAAGUCAUGAUGACCGCAAUCUUCGCAGAUGUUAUUGCCAUCGCCGAUAAGUUCAACUCGAUGAAGGCAAAGUUAAGAGACAAGAUGGAAAAAGGGAUUUUAACAAGAUUUAGAAAAAAUGUUUCUAAAUUUAGUUGUUUUUAAUGUUG